UUGAGGAUGUCACUAGUUUUUGGUCACAAGUGCAAAGGGGGAAGAAACAGCUUCACAGCUCAAAAAGCAGUAGGUCAUAACUUUGAGUCAGAGAAAUGGCAGACUCUCUAGUUGUGUGUGAAGUGGAUGAAACCCUGCAAGAAAAACUGAAGAAGUUCCGUUUCCGAAAAGAUACAAACAAUGCAGCCAUCUUAAUGAAGAUAGACAUGCAGCAACAGCUGGUGGUGUUGGAGGAGGAGUAUGAGGACAUUUCCCUUGAUGACUUGAGGAAUGAGCUCCCAGAACGUCAGCCCAGAUUCAUUGUGUACAGCUACAAAUAUAAUCAUGAAGAUGGGAGGGUGUCAUAUCCACUCUGCUUCAUCUUUUCAAGUCCUGUAGGGUGCAAGCCUGAACAACAAAUGAUGUACGCAGGCAGCAAAAACCGCCUGGUUCAGACUGCAGAGCUCACCAAGGUGUUCGAGACUCGUAACGCAGACGACCUGACAGAGGAGUGGCUGAAAAGCAAACUGUCUUUCUUUCGUUGAAAAGAAACCCCUUCAAGCCUUUUGUACAGUAUUGUCCUUACGGUCUUGUUUCUUAUGUUUGUUGUUGUACAGCGGAUAGAAAAUAAGUGAUUAUAUCACCUAAGCUUGCAUAUACACAAACAAAUAAGAUAGGAAAUAUAGUCCAGUGAUGCCAAGCUAAGUUGUAUUUUAAUAAAGCUUGACUGUGAUUUAUCAUUUGGAUAUUACUUAACUAGUGGCUGUUGUAGUAAUAAUAAUAAAACACAGACAAUGAUAUUAAAAAAAAA